AUGCGUAAAUUCCUUCCGAACCUCAAAGUUGAUAGUCCAUUCAAGAAGAAGGCUACACAAGUACCAGCCCGAAGUACAGACAGCCUUGAUGAUGAUGAUGAUAGAUCGGAACGUUCCAAUCGAUCCAACCGAUCAACAGUUUCAACUCCAAAGAAAUUGGUUGAUAGUUCUCCAUUAGUUGGUUCUGAGAAAUCAUCUAGUCUUCCAUUUACAUCAGUUUCUGAGGUAAAACGAUCGAUACAACAGGAAAAGGAUUUAUUAAUUGUUUUGGGAUAUGGAGUGGAAUAUAUAACUCCUACAAAGACUAGUUUGGAGGCUUUGUUGGAAUUUGGAAAGGAUCCAGGUCUUGAAUAUAAGGAUAGAGUUAAAAUUAUAUUAAUUGAUGAGGAAGUUAAUAGAAAAUUUUGUAAUGAGAAUAAUCUGGUUGUUGGAACACCAAUUUUACAAAUGUAUUACAAUUCAAAGAAUAUUAAAUUUAGAUUUGAAGAUAGUGUAGGAAAAUCAAUGGGUGAAACAUCGUCACAAAAGGGAUCUAAAAAAACAAUUGAUGAGGACAAUGAAUCAAGACCUAGAAAUGUAUAUAUUGGACAACUUCACUAUUCAAUUAUUCAUACACUUGUUGUUUUAACAUUUGAAGCAAUUAGUGAUGCAGAGGAAGAGGAGGCCGAAGAAAUUAUUGUAGAGGUAGAUAUGGCCAUUUUGAGAGGAGAAAAAGAAUUGGAUGCUGAAGCAGAUGAUAAAUUUGAUUCAUCUGUAAGUGAUGAAACUGACAGUGGAGAAGAAACAGAGGAAGAAGAUAGUGACUCUGAAAGUGUAAAAUUAGCAAAUAGUGCAUCAAAUGCUAAAUCAUUAGAUCAAGAUGAUGAAGAUGGUGAUUUUGACGACGAAAUGUCGAGAGCAACAAAUGUAAAGUAAAUCUCGUAAUUUAUU